AGACAGGGAAGAGUUUAAGGAGACGGUGAGGACUAGUGCUCAAAACCUUCACAGCCACAAGCUCUCACUAAUGCGCAAAGCACGGCAGGGCCUUUCACAGCAGGCAAAUAUAUUACUGCUCCAGAUCAAAUGCAGCAAAGUGAGUCAGCUUUUAUCAUAGCCUCUGGCCUAAAUCUUUUUACAGGGCUUGUGAUGCCUUCGGGCUCGUGCCCCCGCGCAGGGGGCCCUGGGUCUGCAGGACCGAGCUCCUGCUCCUGCAGCGUGGCUGGAUCCCGGCCCGAUUCCAUGGACAGACCCCGCUGUGGGGUGGCUGCCGGGAGAACCCCGGCGUUCCAGGGACCCCCGCGCUGCCAGAGGAGUAGCAGAAGGAUAACCAAGAUCCUCUGAUGGGGCUCGCAGUUUCAGUGUUAAAUAACACCCGCUCACGGCAGUUGAGGGGGGCAGGACUCAUUCCAGAACUAUUAAUAUAGCCCCUAUUUAUACUCCUGGGCUCCUGCGAACAGCGCGGCAGAGAGCUACAGCUGCAGGGCUGAAAUGGAAUAAACGUCAGCCUCCAGGGAGAAAGCGACCCUUUCGGCCAUCACGCGGGAAAGGAGACGGGGAAAGGACAGAGCACGGGGCAGGUCUCAGACCAGAGGGAGCUGCUGGCGGCACCCUGAGAUCGCGGCCGGUGGCAGAGCCAGCCAGUAACGUCCCUGCAGCCGGCAAGUCUGCGCCGAGAGGCUGCCAGAAACGCACACUCAGCGUCAGAGGCAGCACCUCCGGCACCGGGAGGGACGAGGCGGGGAUUCGAGCUGCGGCUCUGCUGCUCCGGUACCAGGUGUGACUCAGGAAAAAGCAGCAAAACCCUGAAAGGACGUUUUGUGGGGGCUUUAACUGCAUUGUCUGCCGGACUGCAAAGAUGAUGGAGAGCACAGGAGGGCCGUAUCUGAACACGGCGGCUGUGACGUCCCCCGUGGGAAUAGCUCGUUUGCUGCAGAUGACGUUAGGAUGCACCACGUUCAGCCUGGUGGCCCACCGGGGGGGAUUCAGUGCAGCCUACGGCACGUUCUGCAUGUUUGUCUGGACCUUCUGUUUCGCCAUCACCGUCUUCAUCAUCACCUGCGAAUUCACGCACCUGCACAGCUGCCUGAGCAUUUCCUGGGGAAACUUCACUGCCGCUUUUGCCAUGCUGGCCACGCUCAUGUCUGUCACGGCGGCGGUGAUCUACCCGCUCUACUUCGUCCAGCUUGACUGUUACCCCAUCGGCUGCGAGGUGAGAGACUUCCGCAUCGCCGCCAGUGUCUUCGCAGGCCUCCUGUUUGUCGCGUACGCCGCCGAGGUGUUCUUAACCCGGGCAAAACCGGGACAAGUCACCAGCUACAUGGCCACCGUCUCGGGGCUCCUGAAAAUUGUGCAGGCCUUCGUGGCCUGCAUCAUCUUUGGGGCGCUGGUGAACGACAGCCAGUACAGCAAAUACGUGGCGACACAGUGGUGCGUGGCCGUCUACAGCUUCUGCUUUGUGGUGACGGUGGUGGUGGUGGCCUUCAGUGUCACAGGUAAGACGGCCGUGCUGUGGUUCCCCUUCGAACGCUCUGUGGUCAUCUACACUUUUGGGGCUGUGCUGCUCUACAUGAGCGCAGCCGUCAUCUGGCCGGUGUUCUGCUUCGACAGCAAGUACGGCUCCCCGCGGCGCCCCGGGCUCUGCGCCAAGGGCAGGUGUCCCUGGGACAGCCAGCUGGUGGUCGCCAUCUUCACCUACGUCAACCUCCUGCUCUACAUCGUGGACCUGGCCUACUCCCAGCGCAUCCGCUUCGUCUCCCACCUCUGAACUGUGGCUCUGCCGCCACACAGCCGCCCUGGUGUCGUGAGGGACGGCCACUGGGGAUGCGGGGAAGUGGGUGCUGGCCAGGCACGGGCAUGAGAGCCAUCAACCAAACUUCGAGGUCAAGACCGACUGGACCAGCAAAUCAUAGAAUCAUGGAAUGGUUUGGGUUGGAAGGGACCUUAAAGCCCAUCCAGUGCCACCCCCCUGCCCUGGGCAGGGACACCUCCCACCAGACCAGGUUGCUCCAAGCCCCGUCCAGCCUGGCCUUGAACCCCUCCAGGGAUGGGGCAGCCACAGCUUCUCUGGGCAGCCUGGGCCAGGGGCUCACCACCCUCACAGCACAGAAUUUCUUCCUUAAUGUCUAAUCUAAAUUUCCCCUUUCACUUCAAAACUGUUACCCCUCGUCCCAUCGCUACACGACCUGUAGCUGCAGCUGAUGCUGGGAAAAGCCCACAUCCCCCAUCGCCCAACAUCUGCCCCAGCCGCCUGGAGAAACAAUGCAGUUCGGAGCGUGGAAAAUGGCUUUUCAUCUCCGGGCCACAGGAAUGGCUGCUGCAACAGAGGGUCUGCAGGCUACUGGGCUGCUGAGCCCAAUAUUAGGAAAGACACCGAGGAUUUUGAAACUCUUACCAACGCUUAACCGUAAUCAAGUGACUACCCAGGAAGUGGGAAAGUUAAAAGCUGCAUCAAGGAACACCAGCUCUGGGGAUGAAAAACAAUCCCUCAGAGUUUGGGUUAGUUUGGGCUGUGUGGUGAGAUGUGAAAUGCUUGCAAGUGUGGGAAAUUCCAGUCGGGAUGUUUCUGAGAAGAACAUCAUAGCUGUAAGAGUAUUUUGAAGAUUACCAGUCCUUUCCCUUCCUCUCCUCUCCCUUGCUGUUUAGCGCAGGAAAAGAAUAUCCUCAGGCACGCACCUUGGGGGGAAGCAUGGGGUAUUCCUAUUUAGCAAACACUGAGUCAUUACAGGAAUGAAAAUUUGCGAAAUCAGGGCUCUACUGCCAAGAAACAGGGUGCAGAAAAGAGCCGAACGGCAAAAUAACUGCGUGUAGCUUGACAUCUUCGCUCGAGCAGGACCAGAAGGUACCUUGGCACGUGCUUUGUCUCGGUUCAUGUGCCACCGUUUAUUUAUACUGAUGUCAGGAAUUCUUCUUCUGCAAGCUUAAAGAUCAGUUCUGGGGGGAGGGGGGGGAAGGGACGCAGAGAUUAACCGAUCUCGCAGUGCUGCGUGAAAGACCAAACCUGGGCGGGGGUGGGCACGGACGGGACACGACAAAACUUGUGUAGAAUGGUGACAAGUUGUGAGCGCCGCCGCAGAGCAGAGCGGGCACGAGGAUUCCCGAUCUCUCUGCGUCACCGAGGAGCUGCAUUUCUCUGGCCCAUCCCUGACAAAACACCCGCUUUGAAGUCCCACACUGCAUAGCUCAGAUUUCAAGCUUAAUAGGAAGAAAUGUUCUUCGUUUCUGAUCCAGGGAGAAGCCAAAGCAGCCCGAGUACUUGUGCAGAAAGCAUGCGGUCUGGAUAGGUUUGAUUAAAAUCUAAAGUAGCUGACUGUCAGAAGCAAGAUUUAUUUUUUAACCAAAUUAAAAUAAAGCUGAAUGGCAGGCAUA